CCUUACCCAUCCGCCUCUGCCUCUGCCUCUGCCCUGUUUCCCCAUUCCAUUUUCCACAACAUAAAUAGAUACCAGUACUUCCCCUGCAUUACCAUCAUAGACAAAUCAGCCAUGGUCUAUGCCUUGCUUGCCCUUCUGGCUCUAGCCAUAUGCCAUAACCCAGCUCAUGGAAUUGCACCAGCAGGUAGUUCUCCAAACUCUAGUGCGGCCGUGGAGUUCCUGGAUGCACACAACCAAGCAAGGGCUGCAGUUGGAGUCGGUCCUCUUAGUUGGAGCGAGCAGCUCGCCAAUGCCACCAGCCUCCUCGUUAGAUUCCAGAGGAACAAGAUGGGUUGCCAAUUUGCCAACCUAACAAGCAGCAAGUACGGCGGCAACCAGUUGUGGUCCGGUGGAGGGACCGUGACUCCCCAGAUGGCAGUGGAUCAAUGGGUAGAAGAGAAGAGGUACUACAACUACACUGACAAUUCUUGCGCACCGGAUCAUUGGUGUGGCGUUUAUACCCAGGUGGUAUGGAAGAAUUCUUCGGAAUUAGGCUGUGCACAAACCACCUGCACCAAGGAGCAAACCAGCUUAACCAUAUGCUUUUAUAAUCCUCCUGGAAAUUUCAUAGGAGAAAAACCAUACUAGAAAAUUAGUCCUGUCUAAUUAAAUCUAUCUAUCUGUGUCGGUGAAUGCUGUAUUAUUAUGUUUUUUUUUUUGGCCGAAAGGUGUUAUUAUGUUGGAUAAAUUCUUAAUUUGCUGCAUUAAUAUUGUGUUUUUACUUUGUACAAUAAAAUCUUUAAUUUGAG